AAGAUCGUGUGGUAGUUAAUCGGUUUGGGCAUGAUUGGGAUCCAACAUGUAUGAAAAUGGAUGAAGUUUUAUAUAGUAUUGCUGAAAAGCAGAGGGAUGAAUGUUCUCUUGAGUGAGGAAGUUGGGAAAAGGGGCUGCGAUAUAAGAUUUGCCCUAUUACCUGGCUUCCUCAUGAAUCGAGUUCCAGCAACUUUCCCCACUGUUUGGGCUCAUCUGUCCGUUUGGGGGUUUAUCCUUCUAACAUUGUAAACCAAAGGAAAGUUGAAGUAAAAUUAUAAACCCAGUCACGAAAUAGCAGAUUAGAAAGGUUGACUCUUCUUCAUGGUCUGGCUUAUGAGCCCUGUUUGGAUAUCGCUGCUGUACAAAGUGAAAAAUUUUGCUGUAAUUUACCUCGUAGAUAUCACAGAAGUACCAGACUUCAACAAAAUGUACGAACUGUAUGAUCCCUGUACAGUCAUGUUCUUCUUCAGAAACAAGCACAUAAUGAUUGAUUUAGGCACCGGUAACAACAACAAAAUUAACUGGGCAAUGGAAGACAAACAAGAGAUGAUUGACAUCGUAGAAACAGUUUAUCGAGGAGCUCGUAAAGGUAGAGGUCUCGUUGUGUCACCCAAAGACUACUCAACCAAAUACAGAUAUUGACUUUUUGGCUAUUUAUUUCAAGUCACAUUUCUUGGAAACUUCUUAAAACCAGACUUAAUAUAAGAGAAUUCUUCUGUGGUAAUAUUUCAUGUGAAUAUAUUGAGCUGGGUGAAUAUGUUACCAUAUUUUCAUUGGAAAAUGCCAUUGAUUUUGGAAAUAAAGUUAAGUUUUCUUUUGAAUAAAGAACUUAAUAAUGUCAA